ACAGAACAUUCUACUUUUCAGGUUCUUGUUAUAAUGUUAUUCGGGUUCCUCCAGAGAAGGUAGACCUUGGGGAUACAAUCCAUGGCGCCCAGGUGAUAUGUUCUAUUCCUUCUGCAGAGAGUAUGAAGCCUUUUCAUAGCUUUGGAAUGACAAAGAACUACAUGAUCAUCAUAGAAAAGCCUCUGAAGAUGAAUCUAUGGAAAAUCAUCACUUCUAAAAUUCAGGGAAAGUCCUUUUCAGAUGGAAUAAGCUGGGAGCCCCAGUAUAAUUCACGGUUUUAGGUGGUAGAUAAGCACACUGGACAGCUUCUUCCAGGGAUGUACUACAGUAAACCUUUUGUUACUUUUCAUCAAAUCAAUGCCUUUGAGGACCAGGGCUGUGUUAUAAUUGAUUUGUGCUGUCAAGAUAAUGGAAGAAGCCCAGAAGUUUACCAACUACAGAAUCUUAGGAAAGCUGGGGAAGGGCUUGAUCAGGUCUAUAAUUCAGCAGCUAGAUCUUAUCCUCGAAGGUUUGUUUUGUCCUUACAUGUCAAUUUGAAUGCCCCUGAAGGAGAGAACCUCAGCCCAUUGUCCUAUUCUUCAGCCAGUGCUAUGAAACAGGCUGAUGGAAAGAUUUGAUACUCUUAUGAAACUCUACAUCCUGAGAACUUAGAGGAGGAAGGAGGUAUUGAAUUUCCCCAGAUCAACUAUGGCCAAUUCAGUGGCAAAAAGUGUCAUUUUUUCGAUGGCUGUGGCUUGCGGCAUUUGGUGGGGGAUUCUGUGGUCAAGGUUGACGUGGUGAACCAGACGCUGAAGGUGUGGAGAGAAGAUGGCUUUUAUCCCUCAGAGCCUGUUUUUGUUGGUCUGAAUGAAGAAGAUGGCGGGGUUAUUCUUUCUGUGGUGAUCACCUCCAACCAGAAUAAAAGCAAUUUUCUCCUAGUCUUAGAUGCCAAGAACUUUGAAGAACUGGGCUGAGCAGAGGUGCCUGUGCAAAUGCCUUAUGGAUUCCAUGGCACCUUCAUAAACGUCUGAUGGAAGAACCACAAGGUCUGGGAACUAGGCUUAAAAUGAAUGUGUUCUGUACAGAAGAAAAUGAAAAAGGGCACCAUCCAAACCAUAGGCAUCUGGUUUUUAAAUUUCUAUUAAAAACAGAAUUCAUGAGAUAAUGAUGGUUUCACAUUUUUUAAGUGCUCUUCCUUGAAAACGUUAAGUGCUGAUACAACCUUUUGAAGAGAGUUUUAAAUUUAUAUUUACUGUAUACAUCUUCCUCUAGGUAAUAAGCAUACAUGAAAGAAAAACUAGAACUGGGUCAUUACCACCACCAGAUAGGUGGGUAACAGAGAUCCUCACACUUGGGAGAAGAAAUACAAAUAAUCAUAGAUAGUAGAAUAUGAAUAUAGAUCUGAAAAGCACCAUUUUUUUGCAUCACAGCCUGCCUGGGACUACUGGUCCUCAGGUAGUCCAGAGGACAGGCAGCCAGCUUCCUCUAAACUGGCUGUUUCUCUGCUGUCCGCAGCAGAUGACACUGCAGGUGAACUGCCCACUACUACCUCCCACCCUGCCCCCAGCUCAGCCUUGGGAGGGUGUUGUUUUCAGGGACACUGCUAAAAUCAGGCAUUUCUUCUCAUCUCCAGGUGUACAGUUCUUCAGGGAUUGAGAAGUCGGUAGUUCUUCAUUUAGUUGGGCAACAGGUGGCACUAGAGACCAUUAAAUCUCCACAUUUCAAAACCCCACCAGCUUUUAUCCAUAGCCUAAAUCAGCCUAGAUCUGUCACUUAAACCACAUUCUUGUCAACACCCUCAAAAUCUCUUGUUCCCUUUUCCUUCAUUUAUGCUCCUUCCCUCCACUGAACUCUAACCCUGAGCCAGUGAAACCUUCCAUGCGCCCUCUGCAUGUUGAAUAUUGCUGGAGAAGUCCCCAAACAUGUCUUUUGGGGUAACUGUGAACUCGUGAUUAGAUCACUGCUCAGUCCUGGGCCAACAUAGUUUCUUCUCAAUUUUCCUUAAGAGUUAUUAUGAACUUCACAAACCCUGUCCUCUUUAGAGAAGUGUUCCAUAUAUACAGAUGCCACCUGUGGGGGUUUACAGUGUGACAAUAAAGUAAAAGUUCUAAGUUUUGUGUUUGGUUUGGUGAGAUACAGAACAACAGCAGCACGUACAGAAUGGCAAGAAGAUGCCUAAACAGAAUAUAGCAGAUGUGGGAGCUUAGAGGCCGAGGUAACCAUAAAAACAUAAAUCCCGAUAUUUCACGGAAGUCCCAAAAAGGCAUGGUACUCCCCCAGAAAGGACAUGGGGGUUUGAUCUAAAUCUUACCUGAAUCUGAAGGGUGAGGGAGACUCUAGCUGACAUCUGAGAAGUACACAGGUUCAUGUCUUUCCUCUGUUUAUAAACCUUUCCUCCAUCCUAAUUUAUAGAGAGUGAAGUGCAAACAUAUAAAGAUUAGUGUAACCAUAAGAUUUUGACACAAGGAUGCCUGAAUUCUGCCUUGGCCCUGCCGUCUAUAAGGUUCUUGAAGGAGAAGACAAAAAGGGAUCAAUGCUAUUUUCUUAUAUAGAUGCAUAUGCCUGGUAAUCCAAUGCAGAAAGUUUUGGUAAAAUUGAGUGAGCAUAUGAAUAAGGCUCAAAGCCUAGGCAGGGCCUCUUCCUCUCUCUAAGCCCAGUUCAUCACUGGCCAGUGUCCAGAGACUCAAGGACAGGGGUAUGUGGUCCACUAGUAAGGGAAAAAGAGAUUAGUGCCCACCCUAGUGUGCAGGAGACCAGCUCCCACAAGUCCAGGGGAACCCCUUUGGUGGAGACGGCGUUGCGAGGAAAAAAGAAAGACACUCGGAGACACAGAAGCGCUUUUUCUAGAAGAGAAGUGUCUCAUUUUAUUGUUACAGCAUGUCCCUUUUUAUACUGGACAGUUGACCAUUACAUCAUUGAGCUAUUUUUUCAGAGACAAACUUUUACCCAUUUGUGUUCUACAUAGUUUCAUUAUUUUUUCUUCCCAAGGUCUAUUCUAAGGGAUGGCGGUUAAAAUUUUUGCUAGUAAGCCGUUCCCCCCCCCACCCCCCCUCUCCGGGUCGGGGAGUGGAGUUUGAGGGAGUGGGGAAACAAAUGUUCCCAAAGCGAGAUAAAGUAUAGCAAGUAGAAACUGCUAACAGGCUGGCAAUUCACUCUGUAACUUUCAAGGUUGUUUGUGACGUAG